UCUGGUGUUUUCUGUUUUGAAAGAGUUGAGUUGAGGACGCAAAGAUGAAGGAGUUGAACAUUGCGUUCAGUUACCUUCUCCUAAUUUGUGUUCUUGUCUCUGGAUUCGAUUCUGAUAUCGAUUAUUUGAUGAAAAGUCGUAGAGGAUUUGAUGAUGGUGCACGUGGAUAUAACACAGGACAAAAUAGUGGUGUAAAAUCGUCUGGUUAUACAAAAACAAAAACUUUUACAAAAACCGGUUAUGGUCGUGCAGAUCCUGAACCCCGUAGCUAUGCAAAAACGUUUCAAAGGCCUAAAACGAAUCAAGAUGAAACCGAAACGUUUGAUCCGAUGUCGUUCAUUGGUGGACAUACAACGAAUACAAAGUAUAAAGGAGGAUGUAACAUAGAGCCAAAACCUCCUCUAAAUGGAAAUCUAAAAUGUUCGCGCGUUACCGGUUGCAAAGGAACUUGCAAUGUAGAUCAUAAAUUCCCUAACGGCCAAACAUAUUUGUAUGCUAAAUGUAUCAACGGACAAUGGCAUGUAGAAAUGGACACUAUAGCAAGAGAUUUUUUUCCCAAUUGCGAACCGGUUUGUUUGCCUGCUUGUGAAAAUAAUGGUAUUUGCGUAGCACCGAAUCGAUGUAAUUGUCCGGAUGACUUCUCAGGUCCGCAAUGCCAAUUUGAAUUGAAACCUUGUUUAAAUUACCCACCGAUGCCAAAAAAUUCAAGAAGAACAUGUGGCCCCACAUCUUGUACAGUUACGUGUGCUCGUGGAUAUCAAUUUCCUGAUGGCUCAUCAAUACAACAAUUAUCAUGUAAAAACGGAAAUUGGAUACCAUCUCAAGAUAAAUUUGUUACACUUCCUGAUUGCGAUCCAAUUUGUGAUCCACCAUGUGAAAAUGAAGGAAGAUGCUUGGCUUUUAAUACUUGUUUGUGUUCCAAAUAUUUUAGAGGCUCACAAUGCCAAUAUUCCACUGAUCGUUGCACGCCAAAAGGACUUAACUUCAAUGGGGGAUACAAUUGUACCGGGAAUAACGAAGAGUUUACAUGUAAUUUAAAAUGUGAUGGUGUAUUUGAGUUUCCGCCAUCAACAACAUAUACCUGUCGUUAUGACACUGGAGUAUUUCUUCCAAUGCCAAUACCACAAUGUCUUUAUGACCCCAGUUUUCACAUUAUAGGAAUAAAUAAAACCGACUCGUCGCGAUUUGAAAACUCCUUUAUACAUAAAGGUUCGGGAAUGCACAAAUUUCCUGUUGGAAGCGAUUUCUUGUUUGAAGAUAACUUUGGGAUUCCUGAUAUAAUUACUGUUCAACAAAAGAUCCCCCAACCUGGAUCUUGUAUAACAUGGCGUGGCUCGCAUUUUAAAACUUUUGAUGGAAAAGUAUAUAGUUUUGAUUCAAAAUGUGCAUACACGAUGGUUAAAGAUGCCGUUGAUAAUACAUUUAAUAUCGUUGUACAAAACAACCCACAUUGUGUAAACGAUGUAUCGUCGUGUUAUAAAAUUGUUACAAUCUUCUAUCAAGGAAAAGAAUACACGUUAAAAUGGGUUCAAGGAAUUCCAGUUCUUAUGAACAAUAAAAAGAUUCUUCCAAUACCUACUCAAGUACCUGGAUUAAGGGCAGAAAUGAUUGCACAUUAUAUUGUUUUAUGGUUGGAUACUGUUGGAGUUAAACUUAGAUGGGAUGGAAAGGAAUUCGUUCAAGUUGAAGUCAAAGAAAAUUUAUGGAAUAGAACUGCCGGGCUUUGUGGAAGAAUUGAUGGAUAUGAAUCAAAUGAUCUUACCACGAAAGAUGGGCGAAUACCUACAAAUAUUCUCACGAUGAUUAACAGCUGGCAAACUGAUCAUUUAGGGGAUGAAUGCAACUCGGUUCCUACAGAAGAACAUGCUUGCAAAUCUGUAUCAAACGAUAAAGCAAAUGAAGCGAAGUCUUUUUGUGAACAAGUUCUUGCAGAUAAACGAUUUUCAUCAUGUCACAAGACAAUGGAUGUAGCCGUAUUAAUGAAUGCUUGUCAAUGGGAUUAUUGUUCAUGUACCGAUCUUGAUCCUAAAACGUGCGCUUGUGACACGUUAAAUGUGUAUGUGCGGGAAUGUACUCAUAAAGGAAUAAAAUCAUUAGCUUCUUGGAGGGAUGAUAGUAUUUGCCCGAUGGUUUGUACUGGGGGACGUAUUUAUAUGCCAAAUGCUCCACCUGGUGGACAGGAUACUUGCGGAACAUCUAUUGAUAAUGCUGGUGAUGCGGAUAGUUUAGAGGAAGGGUGUUAUUGUCCUAAAGGAUUAGUUUUGCAUGAAAAUAAAUGCAUAACUAGAGAUAAAUGUACAUGCAGAUUAAGAGGGAAAGAUUUCAAACCUGGUGAUACUGUUCCAAAGAAUUGUAAUACUUGUACAUGCGCUGAUGGACAAUGGGUUUGCACACAAGUUUCUUGUGGUGCUCGCUGCUCAGCUUUAGGGGAUCCCCAUUACAUCACUUUUGAUGGAAAACGUUUUGAUUUUAUGGGACAAUGUUCGUACUAUUUAGUUAAAACAAAUAAUUUAUCAGUUGAAGCUGAAAAUGUUGCUUGUUCUGGUUCUAUUUCAUUGGCGAUGAAUUUACCAAUCAGCAUCUCAACCGGGUUACCAUCCUGCACUAAAACCGUAACAAUACGUUAUGAUGGACAAAUAAUACAUUUGAAACAAUAUCAACAGCUAACAGUUAAUGGCAAAGAAUUAAAUCGGUUACCUUUUAUUAUAGGUGGAACAAAAGUUAGAACAGUUUCUUCGUUAUUUACAGUUGUUGAACUUUUAAACGGCGUUAGUGUAUGGUGGGAUGGUUUAACAAGAGUUUACAUCGACGUUCCACCUUCAUUUAAAGGCACAACAACCGGUCUUUGCGGUACAUUUACUGAAAACCAAAAAGAUGACUUUUUAACCCCCGAAAACGACGUUGAACACUCUGUGGUUCAAUUCGCGAAUAAAUGGAAAACUAGCGAAAAAUGCAAUGAUGUACCAGACGUACUUAAGCAACACCCUUGUGAUAUGAACAUUCAAAAUCGAAUUUUAGCUGAAACUCACUGCAAAAAAUUAAAAUCAGAACUUUUUGCAAGUUGUCAUUUCUUUGUUGAUCCCGACUCCUUUUAUCAAGAUUGUCUUUAUGAUAUGUGUUCUUGCGAAGUAAAAUUAUCAAAUUGUUUAUGCCCAAUGAUAGCGGCGUACGCUCAAGAAUGCGCUUUACAAGGUAUAAUAGUUGAUUGGCGAAGUGAUAUUAAAGAAUGUGGGGUUACAUGCACCGGAGGUCAAGUUUAUCAAGUGUGUGGAAACUCGUGUACAAGAACUUGUUAUGACAUUGCCACCAGUUCAAACUGCAAAGAUAAUUGCGUGGAAGGAUGUAAUUGUCCUAAAGGGCAAGCGUUGGAUAAUUAUGGCGAAUGCGUGCCUAUUACACAAUGUCCAUGUGAGUUGGAAGGAUUAAGUUUUCAACCUGGAUAUAAGGAAGUUCGCCCAGCAAGUAAAGGACAAGAACUUUGCACUUGUAAGAGCGCGGUUUGGGACUGCAGAUUGGCGCUAAAAGAAGAAAUUAACAAGUAUCCAAAGGCAAGUGAUAAGAAAACUAUGUGUAAUGAGGCUAAAAACUUUGAAUUUACAACUUGUGAACCACCCGAACCUCUUACAUGCAAGAAUAUGCACCGAAAUGAUUUAUAUAGCGCGAGUGUUUGCCACGCUGGUUGUAAAUGCAAAGAUGGUUAUGUUCUUGACUCUUCUUCAAAAACUUGCGUAAAACCAAUUCAUUGUCCUUGUCAUCAUGGAGGAAAAAGUUAUGGCGAAAACGCUAUGGUUCAAAGUGAUUGUAAUACAUGUACUUGUAAGAAAGGUAAAUGGGAGUGCACUGAUAGACAAUGCACAGCUGAAUGUACAGCGUGGGGCGAUUCACAUUUUAAGACGUUUGAUGGAAAAAUGUAUGAUUACCAAGGACAAUGUGAUUAUGUUUUGGCGAAAGGAAAACUUAACUCCGUUGAUAGCUUUCAAAUAUCUAUUCAGAACGUUCCCUGCGGUUCAACUGGAGUGAGUUGUUCAAAAUCAUUAACAAUCAAAAUAGGACCUUCCGACCAACAAGAAAAGAUAACCUUAGUUAGACACAUGCCAGUUCAAAGUCCUCAAAUUUUCAAAACAUUUACAGUUCGUACACUCGACUUAUUUGUGAUUGUUGAAGCUGCCGAUUUAGGGUUAAUUGUGCAUUGGGAUAAAGGUACUAGAGUUUAUGUUAAAGUCGACCCAAGAUGGAAAAAUAAAGUUAAUGGCCUUUGUGGUAAUUAUAACGACAAUGAGUUAGACGACUUCCAAACGCCUUUUGGUGGAGUACCGGAAGCGUCUGCAAGAUUAUUCGGCGACUCCUGGAAAAUGCAAUCAUACUGUCCUGACGCUGAAGAAAUAACAGACACGUGCGAAAAACGACCUGAUCGUAGAACUUGGGCGUUAAAUAAAUGCGGUGUAUUAAAAACCUCAGUUUUUUCACCUUGCCAUUCCGAAGUACCCGUUGAUUUAUAUUACGACAAAUGCGUGUUUGAUUCGUGUGCUUGCGACGAAGGCGGCGAUUGCGAAUGUUUAUGCACAGCUUUAGCAGCGUACGCUGAAGAAUGUAACAGCAAAGGCGUCCCCAUAAAAUGGAGAUCACAAGAAUUAUGCCCAAUUCAAUGUAGUGAAAGAUGCGCUCAGUACAGCCCUUGCGUAUCAUCUUGUCCUCUUGAAACAUGUGAUAACUUAUUGAUUCAAAAUCCAUUAACGAAAUUGUGUAAAGAGGACUCUUGCGUCGAAGGAUGUAUUCCAAAGCCGUGCCCCCCUGAUUAUGUUUACGCUAAUUCAUCUUAUAGUGAAUGCGUUCCAAAGAAUAUUUGUAAACCGGUUUGUUUAGAAAUUGAUGGGGUCACUUAUUAUGAAGGGGAUAAAAUGGAGGAAGAUGAUUGUCAUACAUGUUUUUGUUCAAGAGGAUCAAAAACGUGCAAAGGUGAACCCUGUACAACAUUUACCCCGAAACCCACAACGCCAAAUCAACUGGAUUCUAAACCAUCGUGCAAAACAGGUUGGACAAGUUGGAUUAACCAAGAUAAAUUAAAAAAUACAAUGAAUGAGGAUGUUGAGCCAGUUCCAAAUAACAUCAUUAUGAAUCAAUUAAAAGAUGGUAGUCAUUGCGACCCAAGUCAAAUCACAAAUAUCGAUUGCAGAACAGUAUCAGGCCAUAUGCAUUAUAAAAAAACUGGUUUAGAUGUUGAAUGUAGCUUAGAUCGUGGGUUAAUUUGCAAAUCUGAUACAGGAAGUUGUUUAGAUUUUGAAAUACGCGUGUUUUGUUCAUGUGAAGAUCAACCUGUACCAACUGAACCAAUACCAACAUCAGAGCCAAUAUGUGAUAAAGAGAAUAUGUUUUCUGAGCACCCAAGCGAUUGUCAUAUGUACUAUAAAUGUUUUGCUGGUGAAACUGGUUUGGAGCAAAUUAUAGAAUCAUGUGGAGAUACCUUGUUGUUUAACCCCAUCUCAAAAACUUGUGAUAUUCCUGAAAAUGUAUAUGAUAUAAAACCGCAAUGCAAACCAACCGAAGAAGUACAACUAUGUGAACCGGGUUAUGAAUGGAGGAAUUGUGCAUUAAAAUGUGAUAAAAUUUGUGAUUACCACAAGUAUGUUGUAAAACAAAGAGGGGAAUGUUUAGAUGAUAAUCUUUGCGUUGCUAAAUGUAUUCCAAUAGGAGAUCCAAUUUGCGAAGGAGAUUAUUUCUGGAACAGCGAUGGGUCAUGUAGAAAACUAGCUGAUUGCGCCUGCCGCGCAAAAGACGGAACUAUGGUGAAACCAGGAAAUGUUUAUCAAGAAGAUCAAUGUACAAAUUGUCAAUGCAUAGAUAACGCAUACAGUUGUACAACAUCCGACGAUUAUGAAUGUAAUCAUGAAAUAAUUGAAGUACCUCCACUUGAAAUAACUGAACAAACUGCAACGGUCAUCAUAAGUACAGUUACUCCACCUAAGGAAUGUUUACCUGAAUACUUUAUGAAUCUUAUUCAAGGGGAUCAUCCCCUCCCUGAUGACUCAAUAAUAGCCAGUAGUUAUUAUAACGAUAAUUAUUUACCCAAAUAUUCUAAAAUUAAUUAUGCUGGAAGUUGGAAACCGAAAGAAAAUGAUAAAGAACCGUAUCUCGAAAUUUCUUUUGGUAGACAAGAACCAGUGUAUGGUGUAAUAAUAAAAGGGAACGUUAAAGAUGAUGAAUAUGUCUCAAAGUAUACAGUUGCUUAUGUUCCCUCCGCCUUUGAUAAGUUACAAUUUGUCCGUGGAGAAGAUGGUAGAAUUAAAGAAUUCCGAGGUUCGGUUGACGCAAUAACACCAUCCAAAGUACUAUUUGAUGUGCCAUUCGAAGCAAUCAAUGUUCGAAUUUAUCCGAAAACAUGGCAUAUUGCGCCAUCAUUAAGAGUUGAGUUAAUAGGUUGUUCUGAUGUCAUCGGUACUACUCAAAGCUCUGUUACUACAACCGUUCAACAAGUUGAUGUUUGUAAUGAUGAAAUGGGUUUAAAGAAUGGGUUAUUAUCGCUUGAACAAAUUUCCGUUAGCUCUCAACAAUCUGGUCAAAAUUCAAAGGCUCAGUUGAAACUUGAUAGUGAAGGAGCAUGGCAACCAUAUACAAACACCCCCACAGAAUUUGUGAUUUUUGACUUUUUGGAACCGCGUAAUGUAACCGGAGUAAAAACUAAAGGUGGGCCAAAAGGAUGGGUUACCAAAUACAAAAUUAAAUAUUCCACUGAUGGUAAACAAUGGAACCCCAUUGUUGAUGAAGCGUUAAACGAAGUUAUAUUCCAUGGAAAUUUUGAUCAUAAUUCCGAAGUUACUAGUCAGUUUCAAAUGCCCAUUCAAAUGAGGUAUUUAAAAAUUGAGCCUGUAAAAUGGGAAAAUAACAUUCAACUCAAAAUUGAACCUCUUGGGUGUUAUAUACCAUAUCCUGAAAUUGCUGUAACGAUACCAACAGUUGAACAAACACUUUGCAAUUAUUGUCUUGGUGUGGCGGAGAGUACAAACAAAUGUAAUUGUGAUCAAACGAAAUAUUGGGAUGGAGAGAAAUGUAUUGAUCGAGCUGAAUGUCCUUGUGUUGUUAAUCAUAUCACAUAUAAAAUUGGACAAUCCUAUCUUAAAGAAGAUUGCAAAGAAUGUAUCUGUAAACUUGGCGGUGUUGAACAUUGCGUUGAAAAAGAAUGCGAAAAAUGCAAAGACGGUAUGCAAAGUAAAAUAUCAAAUACAUGCGCAUGCAUAUGCGCGCCAUGUCCGGAAGACGAAAUUUUAUGUCCAACAAGUAACGUUUGUAUAAAUAAAAUGAAAUGGUGUGAUGGAGUUAUGGACUGCCCUGACGAUGAACUUAAUUGUACUAAACCAACCGAACCAACGCCAACAACAACUGAAAAACCCAAGAAAGAUUGUCCCAUACCAGUUUGUUCACCUGGAUAUGUAUUGAAAGAGAAAGCUGUUUCUAAGGGCCCUAAAUACCUUGAUUUCUUAGCUACUAUCUUUAAUAGAAAACCAACGAAUCAACGUGUUAAAACAACUUAUUCAUAUUCCAAAACAAAAACAAAGAGUAAACCAAAUCCGCAUUUUAAACCACCAACCAAGAUUAACAAUGUUGUGGAACAAGAGGAAGAAAAGUGUAAGGAAUACGUUUGUGUUCCAGUUGUGGAAACACCUGUGUGUCCACCUGCUUCCUGCCCACCAGGAUAUACACCAGUUUAUAAUCCAGUUGGAACUGAUAUAGGAUUUUGUGCAGGGUAUAAAUGUCAUCUUCCAGACGCAAUUUGUAACAUUACUGGUAGAACAUUCAACACAUUCGAUAACACGGAAUUUAAAUAUGAUAUAUGUAACCACGUUAUUGCUAGAGACUUAGUAGGAACUAAUUGGGACAUUUCAUUGAAAAAGAAAUGUAAUGAUAUCCGUUGUAACCUCAAGGUGCUCAUCAAUCACCAUCUAGAUUCAUUCACGCUUUAUUCUGAUCUCAAGACAAUAAAAUAUAACGAUUACGAUUAUAAUAUCGACCAAAUGGAAAGAAUUAGUAAACAAUCUCCGGAAUUCUACAUAGAUCGUCUUGGUGAAAUGAUUCUCUUUUCUUCUAUUAAAUACGGAUUUUGGGUAACGAUUGAUAAAUUAAGUAACGUUAAAGUAGGCGUAUCAUCAGAAUUGAAAACCCAUGUUGAUGGUCUUUGCGGAUAUUAUAAUGGAAAAGGUGACGAUGACAAACGUAAACCAGAUGGAACUUUGGCCAAAACCUCUGUUGAAUUUGGUGACAGUUGGUCUUAUGGAGAUACCGCAGAUUGUGUUGUUAAAAAAUGUCCAGAGGAAAUUGAAAAGAAAGCUAUUGAUAUCUGUAAUAGAGUGAGGGAUCAAACUUUAGCUCCGUGUGCUAGUGCUAUAAAUAUAGAAGCUUUCUUAUCACGAUGCUUAGAAUCAACUUGUACUUGUCUUCAAGAAAACAAAGGAAAUGCAACUGGGGAAGAUAACUGUCGUUGCUCAACAUUACAAGCGUUUGUAGUUGAUUGUAUGCAAGCCGAUACAAAUGUUGAAGUUGGAAAUUGGAGAGCACAACACAAUUGCCCUAUCGCUUGUGACGCACCUCUUGUACCACAUGAUUGCUAUAGAAGACCAUGCGAACUAACAUGCCAAACAGUUUCUGAUCCAAACGCAUGUCCCAAAUUGGACACGGUUUGUUUCCCUGGAUGUUAUUGUCCACCGGGUUUAGUUCGACAAGGUGAUACUUGCAUUCAACCGCCAGCAUGCAGAGAUUGCGAAUGCAACUUAUUACCGCAUCUACAAUAUGUAACCUACGAUGAGUCCAAUUUUACCGUGAAUGGAAACUGUGUAUACGUUAUGUCGAGGGAUGUUUUGGAAAGUUUAAAUCAAGAGCACAAAUUCCAAGUUUUCGUUACAAACCAUCCAUGUGAAAAUAAACCUAACAAAAUGUGUAUAGGAAAAAUUACCAUUUUGUUUGCUGGUCAUAAAAUUCAUAUAUAUCGAGAUGAAAUUAGAAAUAGAUUGAAGAUGAUUGUCGAUUCAGAAAGGGUAUAUGACUAUGCAGAAGUAUCUGAUUGGAUGGAUGUAAAAGAAACAAUGGCUAAGCACAUCAAAGUUGUUCUUAAAGCGGUUCAAAUUCAAGUUAGUGUUUAUUAUCCAUCACUUGGAGUAUCCGUUAAAGCUCCAUCUCAACUAUAUGCAGGAAAAAUGGAAGGUUUAUGCGGAGAUUGUAACCGCGAUAAAUCUAAUGAUAUGAAAUUACCAAAUGGUCAAAUAACAACAGAUGAAGAAGAUUUUGGUGCAAGUUGGUUAUACGACAAAAUUCCUGGACAAUCCAAGGAAACUUGUGCACCUAAGAAAGAACCGCCGUGCCAAUCAAUACUGUCAGAUGUUAAUCCUUGUGACCAACUUUUAGACGUCGAUAAAUUUGGAUUGUGCCAUCCAUUAUUAGACCCAGGAAUGUUCUAUGAAUGGUGCAACAAAGAUAUUUGUACCGGAGAAUUAGAUCAAGCUUGUACAUCUAUUGAGACAUACGCAAAAGAAUGUAUGAGUACGAAUAUAUGCAUUAAUUGGCGCACCAAUUUGUGCCCAAUUAAAUCUUGUCCCGCUGGUCAAGAAUAUGAACCAUGUGGUACUAGUUGCCCAAAAACUUGCGAAUCUCUUCAAGGGGGUCAAACGAAUUGUCAUGAAAUACCAGUAGAAGGUUGUUUCUGCCAAGAAGGACAGGUACUGAAAAAUAACACCUGCGUUGAUGAACGAGAAUGCACCGUUUGCGAUGAUGAAGGUCAUCAUCCUGGUGAUACUUGGCAGAAAGAUGCAUGUACUUCAUGUACUUGUGUUGGCACAAACGUGAAUUGUGAAACCAAACAUUGUCCUAAAGUGGAGACGUUAUGCGAAGAUGGUUAUACUGUUAUAGAAGUUCUUUCCGAUAAGGAGGAAUGUUGUGAAAAAUACGUUUGUAUUCCAGUAGUAGAAGCUGGUCCAACAUGCGAACCACCCCAACAAUUAGAAUGUAAUGAAGAUCAAGAAAUGAAGCUUGUAAAGAAAUCCGAUGGUUGUCAGAAAUUUGUAUGUGAAUGUAAACCAAUUGAAGAUUGCAUUCCCAUUGACCAACAGAUGAACAAAACUGUUGAAGAAGGUUUUGAAAAAGUGAUUAACAAAGCUGGUUGUUGCCCAAAGGUUACAUACGUUUGCAAGAAAGAACUAUGUACAGUACCUGAACAAUGUCCAACAUUUUAUAACAUGAAAAAAUUAGAGAUACUAGAAAAGUGUUGUCCAAUUUACAGUUGUGACGCACCAAAGAAAUGUAUCAUUGAUUUGAUUUAUACCAGCUCGGAAUUAGGUGGCGAGAAAUUACGCAAUGAACAUGAUAAACAAAAGCUGGUCAAGGAAGUUGGUGAAAAAUGGCAGGAUGGACCCUGUAGAGAAUGUGAAUGUUUAGGCUCACCAGAACAAGGUUAUCACAGUAAUUGUUUACAAAAAAAUUGUCCUCUAACUCAAGAGUCCGAAGACAACAGCGAAUACGUUUUGGAGUAUGAUCCAAUUCCCCAUGUAUGUUGUGCAUCGAUUAAACGAGUCGCUUGUAAAUACGAUGGCACCGAAUACAAAGUUGGAGAAAAAUGGCCAGUUAAGGAUGAUUACUGCGCAUUUAUGCAAUGUGUAAAUACCACAACCGGUGUACAAAGAACAACAGAAAGAACUUCAUGUGAAACUAAAUGUGAAUUGGGUUACGAAUAUGUGCCACCAAAUCCUGAAAAUCAAAUGUGUUGCGGAUUUUGCAAACCAUACGCUUGCGUGGUUGAUGGAACCAUAAAAGCAGUUGGAGAGAAAUGGUUAUCUAGCGAUUAUUGUACCGAAUUCAUUUGUGUGAAUGAUAAUGGAGUGAUGAGAAUAGACGGAAAAGUUGAAACUUGCAAAGAUAUCCCACAAGAUCAAUUGGAUGAGUAUGUUUAUGAGUCUCAUAAAGUCGAUUUUGAGUGUUGCAAAAAACAUAAACCCACAGCAUGCAAAGUUGGGGAAACUAUUUACAAGAUUGGAGAUUCAUGGCCAUCACCUGAUCUAGAUAAAUGUAAGACAAUUUCUUGUGUAGAAACGCCAUCGGGUGAUUUACUCAAACAAGAAACGAUUCAAUCUUGUCACAAAGAGUGCUCUAAGGGAUGGGAAUAUAUAGAAUCUAAUAAUGCUUGUUGUGGCGAUUGUGUAUCCGCAUUCUGUGUUUUGGAAGAUGAGUUACGCAGACCAAAUGAAACAUGGACAUCAGAAGAUAAAUGUACGAAAUUCACCUGUGAGAAACAAGGUGAACAAAUGGCUAUUGUGAGUCUACAGGAGUUAUGUCCAGAUGUUAGCGAUUGUCCCAUAGAGAAUAUUUAUCUGGAGGGUUGUUGCAGCCGUUGUAACUUUAAUACAACAGGCGUAUCUCAAGUGAAUUGUGCACCUGUUGAAAUUCCACCUCACAAGACGGUAGAAUUAUUCAAAAUAACCAAACCAGACGGGGUUGUUUGUAAAAAUGUUGCCGCGAUCGGUAAUUUAAAAGAAUGCCAAGGCAGUUGCGAAUCAUACACAGCUCUUAAUAUCCAUUCUUUAUCAUUUGAAUCGCAAUGUUCUUGUUGUCGCGCAGUCGAUUUUCAAAUGAUUAUUAUUGAAUUGUUGUGUGACGAUGAUACCGUUAUUAAUAAGGAGAUUGAUGUUCCAAAUUCGUGCAGUUGCGAAGGUUGUGUUGCUCAAAAAAUGAGUAAAUUAUUGAAUCCGACGAAAAGUUUUACGAAGACGAAAUAUGAUAGAUAUUAAGAUUUAAAUUUGUUUUACUUAUUAUUUUUUAUUGACGUUUAUGUUCAGUGCAAUUUGACUUUUUUUAAU